AUGUCUGCAUCUGCCAUUCACACCUCAUGGCCGUCACACUCUACCGAUCAACACACAACAAAAUCAACACCAAACACACAAUUCUCACAACCUCCAAAAUCUUACUUUCAAAAACUGUUCAUCCUUGCUCUUGUUCUGAUUCGGAUCAUUCACGGAUUGUUUUUAUGGUCAUGUCAAACCAUUCAAUUAUUACUCUUUCCAAAUUAUAAAAAUCGAUCGUUUGAAUUUGGAAUUAAGAAGAAUCCAGUCAUGAAUGGUAAUUUUGCUCCGAUUCAUGAUGAACUGCAUUGUAGGAAUUUGUUUGUGUUGAAGGGAGAAAUUCCGAGAGAGUUGAAUGGAAUGUAUGUGAGAAUUGGACCGAAUCCACAAUUUGAUCCGUUAUAUUCGAUUCAUUGGUUUGAAGGGGAUGGACAUUUACAUGCAAUUGAAUUCAAGGAUGGUCAAGCUAGUUAUAGAAACAAAUUUGUUCAAACUGAAAAGUAUCUUCAAGAAAAAGAACAAGGAAGACCUCUCAGUUACAGUUUCUUUGUAAAUGGCAUCAAUCCCAUCCUUAAAUACGCACAUCAUUAUUUAUACGAUCGAUUGUAUCGUGGAUUGAAAGAACCUUUGAAAACCGGAGGAGGUGUCGCCAACACCAAUAUUAUUUAUCAUGGUGGAAAGUUUCUAGCUUUGGAAGAAGGUCACAGACCUGUGGAAAUUUCACUACCUAAUUUGGAAACGAUUGGGGAGUUUACAUUUGAAACUUUGAAUCAUAAUUUUACGGCUCAUCCCAAGUACGAUCCUGAGAGUGGUGAAUUAAUGUUUUUUGCAUAUGGAAUGAAUCCAAGAGGACCAAGCUUGUGGUAUGGUGUCAUUGACAAGAAUAAUAAGAUUGUCAUUGAUUAUGAAUUUAAGAAAGAGGAAACGCCUUACACUUGCAUGAUUCAUGACAUGGCCAUUACUGAACACUACAGCAUUAUUGGGUUUUAUCCUGCCAUCAUUGAUUUGAAUCGAAUUUUUCAUCCUAGUCUCCCACUCGUCUUUGAUAAAUCAAAACCUGUGAAAUUUGCAGUUUUUCCACGUCACUUUAAUGGUCAUAAUGCAAACAUUCAAUGGUUUGAAGCAAAAUCAUGUAUGGCCUUUCAUUACAUCAAUGCAUUCGAGUCACAAGUGAACGAGGAUGAAACAUUGAUUACUAUUGAUGUUUGCACGGCUGAUAAUUUCGAUUUGGAAGAUUUCUCGAGUGGAGAGCCCUAUCCUUCAAGAUUUGUCUUAAAUUUGAAACGAGGAGAAUUACAUGAAGAAGGACCUUUUAAAUUUACCAAUCAUCUUCAAGAAGAGAAUUCCAAUGAAACAAUGGUUCAAGAGAAUAUUAUUCCAAGUGGAGAAUUUCCAGUCAUUUAUCCAAAUUUCACAGGAAAGCCCUAUCGCUAUUUUUUCUAUAGUAUUAUUGAAGAAGUGAAAUCGGAACUCUUUGUCUCGAGUGAAUUUGCAAAAUUUGAUUUACACACGAGAACAUUGAAACGUUUAAAAAUUCCAGAACAUGGAAAAAUUGGUGAAGUAUGUCUCAUUCCCAAAAUUCAGAAACAACAAAAUACUCUCAACGAAGAUGAUGUCUUUGUUGUGACAUUUGCAUAUCAUGAAGAGAAACAGACUUCGAGUUUAUUUAUUUUUGAUGGAACGACCAUGAAUGAGGAACCAUUGUGUCAAUUGGAAUUACCUCGUCGAGUUCCAUUUGGUUUUCAUGGUCAAUUCUUUCCUUCAUCGACUUUUUGA